AUGUCACCAGUUCCAUUUUAUCCGACGGCUAAUAUGUUAGAUGAGGAAAAUGUUGAAAAAAAAACACAUGUAAAAACUUACGAAUUACCACUAUCGACCGCUGAAGAAGUUGAAAAAUCCAAAAUGUUUCCUCAGAUCAAUGAAGGUUUCUUUGCAAAUUAUUUUAAAGAUUCAGAUGAUCAAUUUCGAAACCUCAAAUUAAAGUUGCAGAUUGUGAAAGGUAAUAAAAACUGCUUCCAAUCACUCCAAGAGAACACAAAAAUUCUUUGCUUCACAAGUAAAUCCAAAGCACAGGAUAUUAUGAAGAUAUCCGGAACGAGAUGCUUUAUCAAUAUUAUUUUCAUCCUUCUUCUACCAAAUAUAGUCGCUUCAAAAGGAUUAUGCGAGUUGGAAAUUGACCAGUCGAACAUCAUUCUUGACAUAGAAGAGAGUAGAGGAGAUUCUGUCGAUCAAGAAACAGUACCCGCUGUGCUCCCCGUAAAAGGCGACCCGCGUAACGAAACCAUCUUGGAGCUUAGUGCCUCUAGCCGUCAACCACUUUUUACUUUGGAUGGCAAGAAGCUGAAGCUUAUACGGCCUCUUGACAGAGAUGAUGAAAAUCUUUCGCACGUUGUUUUCCAGCUGAGCUGCACCGUCAGAAAGACAAAUAGCAAUCGCAAAAUUCCUGUGAUUGUGAGGGUAUCGGAUGUCAAUGACAAUGUACCAAAAUUCGUGAAUACACCUUAUGAAACGACGGUUUCUGAAUUGACACCUGUAGGUUCCACUAUCUUUAAGAAUAUCGUGGCAACGGAUGCUGACGCUGGUGUCAAUGGUCUCGUAGAAUACUCGAUAGCCAUGGGGGAUGGGACGGGGGUUGGUAACAGUGAUGGAGUUGGUCGGGACCGUGUAACCACAGCCGAUGGCUACGGAUAUUUCAGUAUCAACUUGCCUCACCAAGGUCAGGUCACCGUUAAUCGUACCCUUGAUUAUGAGAGAACACAGCGCUAUCUCGUUACAAUUCUUGCUUCCGAUCGUUCGAUAAAACCUGCUGAGCGCUUCACUUCGACGACAACUUUAAUUGUGAAUAUUCGCGAUGACGAUGACCAGGAUCCUUCAUUUAUCUAUCAAGGCUGUAUGCUACUCAAUGGCGCUUGUAUUAAUCCAGAAUAUUCGGCAUCGGUAUCAAGUGGCGUCCUCUCGGGUAUCCUCAAUAUUUCUCCGGAGAAGGUUCAGGCAGUGGAUAUGGACAGUAUUAAUGCCCCUAUACGCUACUCGUUUCUCAGCGGUAGUCCCACCAAUUACAGAGAUUUUUUUGAAAUUAACCAGAGCACAGGAGCAGUUAAGCAAAUACGGGCCGUUGACACCACAGUCUCUAAGAAGUUCGAUAUCAUCAUUAAGGCUGUGGAAGACUCGGAAGCUGAACGUUCAGCCACUGCUAAGCUCAGCAUCACUGUGAAACCGGUCGACAGUAAUCCGCCGGUAAUCACAACCAGCUCCAUCGAGGGCUACGUUGACGAGAAUGCGCCCGUUGGUACCAAGGUGGUGGAUGCUCAGGGCAAGCCCAUCUUCCUUGCUGUUACAGAUGCUGACCUCGGAGCUGAGGAUCCGAAACCGGACUAUUUGUUUGAGCUGACAACAACAUUUUUCUCGAUCGACGCCGGUGGUAGCCUCAUAGUGAACGAGGAGAAUUUGGAUCGCGACCCCCCGAGUCCUGGUAAAUUUCGUUUCCAGGUUGUGGCGCGUGAGCGGAACAAUGUCGCUGCCUCAGCUCCGCUCUCUUUCGUCGUCACCCUCAAUGAUGUCAAUGAUAACGCACCCAUGCUACCGAUGACCUCGCCCAUCACGGUCCAGGCCGGUGAAACCAAACGUGAAGUUAUCAAGGUGGAGGCAACGGAUAAUGACGAGGGUCCGAAUGCCAAGAUAACCUACAGCAUAUACCACGUGUCAAAUAACGGGUUGCAGAAGUUUAAGAUUGAUCCGAGGAGCGGCCUCAUAGAGUCUGUUGGCAAGUUAAAUGCGGGUGAGCAGUACAGUAUCACUGUUCAGGCCAGUGAUAACGGUGGCCGUUAUUCCCAAACUAUCGUCGAAGUUAAUGUUAUACCCGGACCUAACACCCGCAGUCCUGUAUUCCAGCAACAAGUAUACGAAGUACAGGUGAGCGAGGGUGCCUCGCUCAAUGCUACCGUCGCCACGAUUACCGCCAUCGAUCCAGAAAACGAUCCUGUUUCAUAUUCCAUCGUCUCUGGUAAUGAUCUCAGGCAAUUUUCGAUUGGGGACAAGUCUGGUAUCAUUACCGUUAUACGGAAACUGGACAGAGAAGAUCUUACGCGCUAUCAAUUGAUCAUCAAAGCGGAGGACACGGGUGGAUUGUCGAGUACGACGACUGUAAACAUUAAAGUAACGGACAUCAAUGAUAAGAAUCCAGAGUUUGAAGGGCUACCGUACGAAUUCACGGUGAAGGAAGGUGAAGCUAGAAAACUGAUUGGACGCGUCCAUGCCGAGGAUGCCGACGAAGGUAUCAACGCUGAGAUCACGUAUUUUGCUCCGGACGACAUACCUUUUACCGUUGAUCCUGAGACUGGCGACAUCCUCACGAAAGUCGCCCUGGAUUACGAACAAAAUCACGAGUACAAGUUUGUUGUGACAGCUCGUGAUGGAGCACCGGAUCCAAGAUUAGCAACAGCAACCGUAACGGUUCAUGUUGUUGAUGUCGAGGACGAAGUUCCGAUUUUUCAUCAAGGCAGUUACGAAGCAAGUGUUAAAGAAAAUGUACCUGAUUGCGUGGUUAUUCAUGUUACGGCGGACGACCCAGACACAAAGAAACAGGUGACCUAUGUGAUUAAGCAAGGUGACACGGAGCUAUUUAGUAUCGAACCGAAGACCGGAGUGAUAAAGACCAUUCGGGGUCUUGAUUAUGAACGCGAGAGCCAACAUACACUUCUCAUUGGCACCAUCGAAAAUACGAGCAGUCUUCCUGGUUCGACCACUCGGGUCCUCGUCAAUGUCCAGGAUGUUAAUGAUAUACCCCCGGUCUUUACGAUGAUUCCGCGGCCUAUUGCACUCGAUGAUAAUGUACCUAUCGGCACUACUGUCGUCAAUCUCAUUGCAACGGACUCGGACGGUACUGCGCCCGGAAAUCAGGUACGCUAUGAUGUGAUCGGACGGGGCACAGCCAGUAAGUACUUCGUUAUCGACCCGGACAGUGGUGUACUCCGCGUGCGAGACGACCUCCGCAAGGUGACGGACACGGAAUUCCAGAUAGACGUGCGCGCCUAUGACCUCGGAGAGCCUCAGCUCUCGUCCGUGAGUACGGUACCCGUGCUCGUACGGCAUGUAGCGCUGCUCGCAGGAGAACUCGGCCUUGGUUUCGCCGAGGACUCCUACAACGUUGACGUACCCGAGGAUGCUGCAUCUGGCACUCUCAUUAAGAUUCUCAGCGUGAUCAGUGGAGGUUCGCGCGACGGCGCGGCUGCCCUUGAGUGCCACGUUGCGAGCGGCAACGAACAGUGCCACUUCGCUGCGAACAUCACCGAGGAACGCAACUGCGCCCUCUGGCUGGACAAGGCAGAGCUCGACUUUGAAAAUACCGAGAGCUAUCAAAUUAAGAUCGAACUCGGCACUCUCGCCGGCGCCAUUAAGAGCGGACGUAAUGGCACCAUGGUGAAAAUCCAGGUCGUCGACGUGAAUGACAAUAGACCAGAAUUCAUAUUUCCUCAGACGAACUUGACGAAAGAUCGAUAUUUUGCGAAGGUUCCGUUAGCAGCGCAAUUUGAUUCGACGGUUCUUGAAAUCAAAGCCCAGGAUAAAGACAAUGGAAAGUACGGUAAACUCGAGUUCUCUCUCCUUUUCGAUGGAGAGAAAAGCCGUUCUGCUGAUUUCUUCGCUGUCGAUCCGACCUCCGGCAUCAUACGUACCACUGCCAAUUUCGACUCGGUGGAGCCCGAAGAACUACCGUUUAGGUUCAAAGUUCAAGCAAAAGAUAAUCCAAACUCAACCAAUAAUUCGAAUAUUGCCAAAGCACCCGUGAUUGUGAAUCUCGUUGGGCCCGAUAAUUACCUGAUUCUCACCGUGCAAAAUGCUUCACCAGAGUCUCUACAGAAGGAUCGUGCGAAGAUAGUCCGAGUAAUCGAAGAAAAAACCGCUCUAUUAAUUGAGAUUGAGAAGAUCGAUUCGCGUCGGCUUCUCUCUGUUAACAACACUAUCGAGGUGCGUCAUCACGACUCUGAUGUCUGGUUUUACGUCAUUGAUCCCAAAAGCGAGAAAAUACUUCUCAGGAACAGUAGCCUCUUACACAGGCUGAUACUCGAUAGAGAAGCUACGGCGAACAUCACGUACGACCUGUCCAUGGAGCCGGAGCCCGCACGUACGCACACCGCUGUCGCUUUCAGCGGUGAGGUCUUCCCCUACGCCCUCAUCAUAAUCGCCUUUGUUAUACUCGUCCUUGGAAUAGCUGGUAUCAUCUACAUUUGUGUAUCGUGGUCUAGGUAUAAAACGUACAAGGAGCGUAUGCAACGUAUGUACGUGGUGCCUCGUUACGAUCCCGUAUACGUCGAGCCCAACCUGAAAGAAUACGAAACGCAGGUGUUACAAAUGAGCGUCCCUGUUGAUGACAAUGACAGCUACAACGACCUGCAACUCGACUUUAGCAAUAAGAAUCAUGCCUUUAGUCUCGAUAACGUCAGCUAUAUUACGAAAGAGAACGGGGAAAGUACCGAUCAGUUCAACAGUAAUGCUCGACAUUUUGUAAUAGGUCAGCAGAGCCCAGUGUCUUCAGAAGCUGCAACGACGGCACGGGCCUCAAGUAUUGCCGGCAAUCAUGGGGCCAUGGAUUCAAAUGUUCAUACGUUGAGGCGUUCCACUUUAGGGCGGAAAAAUAAUGGCUGCAGUAAUGGUCAAACCAGCAACACCAACACUCUCAACAAUCGCGAUACGCCAGUUCUUAAUCCUCUCUACAAUCACGAUCUGAUGAGCGCUAGUCCGUCUGACGACAACGUUAUCUUCAGGGAAAGGAAGGAUUAUUCCCAUCUGGGAUUCACGUACCUCGGGGAGCAGAGUCCUGUGGAAACUACUACCGAGUUAUAGUGAUGUAGUUAUGUGUGCUUGGCAAGACGUUCUACUUAACGAGUGAGAAAACUGCAGUGCAAUGAAAUUUGAUAUGUGAUGGUUGAUAAGUGAAAAUCACCGUUGGACUUGUGGAUAAGGUGAUUUUCGGAUGAAUUGUUUUUAUAUUCAUUGAAAAUAAUUAAAUAUAAAAUUACAAUUGUUAGAUUAUUAGAUUUAAAGAAUGAAAUUAUCUAAGCUAAUGAAAGUAUGGAGAAUCUCAGAAAACUUAUGUUUAAAAUUUAACAGUGACACUACAGGAGAUACGAAUUUAUAUGAUAAUCAUAUAAAGAUCUAAUCCCAAUCGAUUAUAUGAUUGUUGCGUUGCUUUAGAUCAAGACGUGUGAGCUUAAACAAGAUAAUGGUUAAAUAAGCUUUUAGCUUUCACGAUGAAAAAUUUUUGGAGACUGAAC